GAAUAAUUGGCUUGGAUGCCUGGUGUGCUUCCAGCAGACAGCGAUGGUGAGCCUGGGUGAGCCAUGCAGGCCGUUGGGCUCCACCAAUGCAUGCCCAGUCAUACUAAGGAAUGAGCCUCAUAUUUACUUUCAACAUCACCCCUUGACCAACUCUCUUGAAGGUAAACAAUCUCGCCCGAAACAUGUGAAGGGAACAAUUUCAUGUCAGUCUAACCCAUGGUUUUGCUUGUCUUUGACUCUCAUGCUGUAUUCUACCAAGUGUUUGUCCGUUUGCUUGCUCUUGUGCCCAGUUUUGUCUCCUUUUCCACCCACAUUCACUGCGCUCCUUGCUUCCUUCCUUCCCGAGAACUCUCUCCCUGGCACAACCGACUUUGAGGAACGACUAAGCGAUUAGUCGUCGUCUGCCACCCACCUACCCCUCGUCCACGACGACAUCAUCAAGCACCAGGCUUGCUUAGUCUUGAGCACCCACCCCCGUCAUCGACGACAUCAUUGCCCUCGCCGCUUAGUCGCCGUCCCUACGAAAUCCAGGCUGCGAGUAUUUGCAGCGCAGACCCACGACUGAGUUUGAGGACUGGACCACGUCGGAGAGCGACAUUUCCUCGGUGAACGAGGGGAAGACCAAGGAUCCCGUGGACAGGUACAUGAUGUCCACCAACAACAUGUUUCCUGCCGAGGAGCGCGAGGCCGACGAGGCCUUCAUUGAGCAGUUGGUGGCCGCCACUGGCGAGCCCGAUUUGUUCAAGGGCAUCGACCCUUCUUUCUGGCGGAGUGUGGAUGAGGAGACGAUCGAGCAGAUGACUUAUGACUACGAUCAGUACGAUUCUGAUGACUCGACUGGUGGCAUGAUCUUCAAUAUUAGGAAUCUUGAGGUCAAGGACUCCACCUCACCGCACCGGCUCAACCUGGAGAUUGCCUCGCAACUGAUCAAAAAGGACAAGACCAGCAAGGCGAGAGCCAUUCUUGAGGACAUGCCCGAAUUUAAGCUCAACCCCGAGAAACUUGAGAAGGAAGGCCUGAUGUGGAAGGAGACGGGUCUCGAGAGAGGCGAUCUCUCUCCGGAGGGCACCGAGUUUGUUUCGUGGAAGAUGGUCCGCGGUUAUCCCGAGAUGUUUGCCAAGGAAAUGUUUACCAUCGAAGGACUUCACAAGAACCGGGUCUGGGAUAUUUAUUACCUUCACCAGCCCAAGACGAUCCAUCCCAAGCCUGGCCUGUUUGUGCCCACCUACCAGUUCCAGCAUAUGUUGGACACGAUCAAUGCUCGGUUGGAAAUCAACCUUACCAUCCCCCCCGGCAAGAACGAAGCCAAGUUCAGACUGGUUUUUGGUGAUGGCAACACGCCUCGACCUCGUUUUCUUGGCCGCACCCACAGUGCCGAUCAAUUCAAGGACCUCUGUGGUCUUGUUCCCCGCCCGAAGCCCGAGGACGAUAUCCAGCAAGGAACCGAGGAGGGGCAGGCGAAGCUCAUCUCUGUCUUGAAGAUGAUUUCCAAUUCCCACAAGAAGACUGAAAAGGCCAAGAAGAACGCGUACAAGCGCUUUGAAGCCCACCUUGCUUGGGGUCACGAAUUGAAGCGCACACAGUGCUACCUUGGUCUCCGCGAGCACAAGACAGCUGAAGCCACUGCCCAGCCCUCCGCGGUGAGGUUUGUGUGUAUCGAUGUUGAAGCCUGGGAGAAAAAUCCGAACAUCAUCACCGAGGUUGGCGUCGCCAUUCUGGACACACCCAAUCUCAAGGACAUGGCCCCAGGUGAAAACGGCCAGAGUUGGUUCGAGGCCAUUGAAGCUCGCCACUUCUGGGUAGCGGAGUACACUUGGGCUCAGAACAAAAAAUACGUCAAGGGUUGCCCUGAGAACUUUGACUUUGGUGAAACCGAGGUUGUUCAGGGUAAACAUGUGCCCGAGACCAUGGAAACCAUCAUUGACAACAGCCCUUACCCGGUUGUGCUGGUCUUCCACGAAUCUGGUUCUGAUAUCAAGUUUCUCGAGGCGAUCAAGUACAACAUCUACAAGGCCCAGAACGUUCUCGAGAUUAUCGACACCAAGCAUAUGUACCAGUAUGCCGUCCGCAGCAACAAGCAGCCCAGCGUGAGCACUGUCUGCGAGUUCUUGGGGAUCCAGACGAAGAACCUGCACAAUGCUGGCAAUGACGCCGUUUACACCUUGCAGGCCAUGAUCGGUUUGGCGGCCAAGCAGCGUGAGGAGAGUUUGAGAAGAGCUCGCAGAGAGGGCGUCCAGGUGCCUCGGAUUGCUCAGCAUCAUGUUCCUUUUGCCGAGCUGGUUGAGAAGGAGGGUUGGACGAGUGGUGGUGAGGAUUCUGACGGUGGUCGCCCGGUUAGACCUGCGCAGUUUGAGAUGAAUUUUUCGACUUAUGCGCCGGUGCAGAGCGGGUGGGUUGAUGAUUGGCAGAGGGGGAAAGAGACAUUGCAUGCUUAGAUAGGGAGUAUACCCGUUUUCAGCUCUCGGAGGGAGAAGCGCAAUGCGAAACAGCCAGCCAGUUGCAUACUUGAUUGAGAAA